AUGGAGGCUCUUCCCGCCAUGGCCGACAACGACCUCGCGCAGCUCGUCGUCGACACCAUGGGCCCGGGGGUGGCGCCGCGCACCCGGCACGUCAUGACGGGCCUGGUGCGGCACCUGCACGCGUUUGCGCGCGAGGUGCAGCUGACGCACGACGAGUGGAUGGCGGGCGUCGAGUUUGUCAACUCGAUUGGGCGCAUCUGGUCGCCGGUGCGUAACGAGGCCCAUCGCAUCUCGGAUGUGCUGGGGCUCGAGUCGCUGGUCGACGACAUGGCCAACACCAUCAUCGCCGCCGAGGGCGACGUGGACCCGACGUCGUCGUCGAUCCUCGGCCCCUUCUGGUCCCCGCACGCGCCGUGGCGGCCCAACGGCAGCAGCAUCGUGCAGGACCCGGCGCCGGGGGCCCGGGUGUGCCGGAUGCACGGGACCGUGACCGACGCCGUGGCCGGCAAGCCCGUGGCCGGCGCCGUCGUCGACAUCUGGCAGGCCAGCGUCAACGGCAAGUACGACUUCCAGGACCCGGAGCGCCAGACGCCCAACAACCUGCGCGGCAAGUUCCGCACCGACGCCGACGGCCGCUACCGCCUGUACUGCUACCGGCCGACGGCGUAUUCGCUGCCGACCGACGGGCCGAGCUAUGAGCUGCUGCGGCUGAUGGACCGGCAUCCGAUGCGGCCGGCGCACAUUCACAUGAUGGUCACGCACCCCGACUUCAAGGGCUGCACCACGCAGCUCUACCCGCGCGACGACCCCUGGCUCGCCACCGACACCGUCUUCGCCGUCAAGCCGGACCUCGUCGUCGACUUCCGGCCGCUCGCUGGCGACCCCGAGGCCGAGCUCGAGCUCGAGUACCACUUCGUCCUGUCGCCCAAGGACUACAAGGGCCGGCAGCCGCCGCCUCCGCGGCCGUCGCUCUAG